UAUUUGACAUUCUUCACCCGCUUCACCCGCUUGGCGCAUUUUGUGGCGACAAAAUUUGUCGGACGCCGAUUGAUUCCGCGUGGAAAAUAUUUAAAUUUACUUUAUACAGUCGCUGGUGUAUGUCCUUUAAAUUGUAAAGUUAUGGAGUUCUUAGAAUAUAACGAUGUGUCUGCUGAAAUUAAGGGAACCAUGGUUCCAGGGAGGUUGAAAAUGACGGACCAAAAUAUAAUAUUCAAAAACAGCAAAACUGGCAAGGUCGAGCAAGUAUCAGCGAACGACAUAGAGCUUGUUAACUUUCAGAAGUUCAUAGGCUCUUGGGGCCUUCGUGUCUUCAUGAAAAACGGCACUCUACAUAGAUAUGGAGGUUUUAAAGAAGGGGAACAAGAGAAAGUGGCCAAGUUCUUCAAGGCAAACUACAACAAGGACAUGUUGGAGAAAGAGCUGUCGCUCAAGGGCUGGAACUGGGGCACGGCUAAGUUUAACGGAGCCGUGCUGAGCUUCAAUGUUGGUACAAAUACAGCCUUCGAGAUCCCAUUGCACUACGUCUCACAGUGCAACACUGGCAAGAAUGAAGUCACUCUUGAGUUCCAUCAGAAUGAUGACACACCAGUAUCUCUCAUGGAGAUGCGGUUCCACAUCCCAACCAAUGAGCUGGCUGGAGACAUGGACGCCGUGGAGGCGUUCCACCAGCAGGUCAUGAACAAGGCCAGCGUCAUAUCCGUCUCUGGGGAUGCCAUCGCCAUCUUCAGGGAACUGCAAUGCCUCACACCUCGUGGUCGCUACGACAUCAAAGUGUUCCAGACGUUCUUCCAGCUCCACGGUAAAACGUUUGACUACAAGAUACCCAUGUCGACCGUGUUACGUCUGUUCCUGCUCCCCCAUAAGGAUACGAGGCAAAUGUUCUUUGUGGUUUCCCUAGACCCCCCCAUCAAGCAGGGUCAGACCAGGUACCACUAUUUGGUACUGCUGUUUGGCAUUGAAGAGGAAACCAGCUUGGAAUUACCAUUUACUGAAGAGGAGCUGAAGGAGAAAUAUGAAGGGAAAAUCACCAAAGAGUUGUCAGGACCCACUUAUGAAGUGCUUGCGAAAAUUAUGAAGGUCAUCAUCAACAGGAGAGUGACUGGUCCAGGCGAUUUCUUGGGGCACCAUAAGACGCCGGCCAUCGCGUGCUCGUACAAGGCGGCGGCCGGCUACCUGUACCCGCUGGAGAAGGGCUUCAUCUACGUGCACAAGCCGCCCGUACACAUUCGUUUUGAGGAGAUCGCCUCCGUCAACUUCGCCAGAGGAGGCGCGUCUUCCACCAAAUCUUUCGACUUUGAGAUAGAACUGAAAUCAGGCAGCAUCCACACCUUCAGCAGCAUCGAAAAGGGCGAAUACGACAAACUUUUCAACUACAUCACCACCAAGAAACUUCACGUCAAGAACACUGGCAAAAACGACAAAGCGCUGUACGACGACGACUUCGGCGACUCGGACACGGAGAAGGAGCCCGACGCGUACCUCGAGCGCGUCAAGGCCGAGGCCAAGGAGCGCGACUCCGAGGACAGCGACGACGACGAGAGCACCGACGAGGACUUCAACCCCGACAAGGCCAAGGAGAGCGACGUCGCCGAGGAGUACGACACAAACCCCUCAUCAUCAGAAGACUCCGACGCGUCGGGAGCGUCUAACGACAGCAAGAAAGAAAAGAAAAAGGAAAAGAAACCAAAGAAGACCAUCACAAUAUCAGAAGCGCCUCGCAAGCGCAAGGAGAAGUCGAAGAAGCGCGAGAAAGACGCGAACGCGCCCAAGCGGCCCGCCACCGCGUUCAUGCUGUGGCUCAACGAAAACCGCAAGGGCAUCAUCGACGAGAACCCCGGCAUCAAGGUCACCGAGAUCGCCAAGAAGGGCGGCGAGCUGUGGCGCGACCUCAAGGACAAGUCGGAAUGGGAGGAGAAGGCGGGCAAGGCCAAAGAGGAGUACAACCAGGCGAUGAAGAAGUACAAGGAGAGCGGCGCCGCCGACGAGUUCCAGCAGAAGAAAAAACAGGCCGACAAGGAGCGCCGCGCCGCCGACAAGAAGGCCAAGGCGCCUGCCGCUAAAAAGACAAAGAGCACGGUGGGCACCGGCUCCGGCGCCAAGUUCACCAGCAAGGAGUACAUCGAGGACGACUCCAGCUCCUCCGACUCCGACAAGGAGAAAGACAAGAAGAAGGACAGCAAGGACGCUAAGGAGUCAAAGAAGAAGGCAAAGGCGUCUUCAUCCGAAGCUUCUGGCUCGGGCUCCGACAGCGGCAGCGGCAGCGACUGAGGCGCGCGCCCGCGAGUCCACCGCUCCGCGCACACAAGCUGCCAAAUUGCCUAAAUCAUUUAUAUCACGUUUGACCAGAACGGGACCACGACUGUGCCGUUGGCGGCUCCGAAACAUUGUUUUUUUUAUCGUGUCCGUGAGUGUUACAAUACUGUUAAACAGUUUGACGUGUUAAAUUACCGAUUUAAAAGACUGAUCCAAUUUUGUCGUCAUGAUGGGCGAACAGAACUCACAGGCGAUCGCCUCUUGAACGGACGACGGCACAUCAAGAUUUAUAAACACUGGGGCAUCUUAUACAGUUGUCAUAGGUGCUAUUUUUGCAAGAAAAAUUUAUAAGGCUGAUGUGCUGUCUUAAGUGGCAGUUGUUUUAUUAACACUUGCCUAAAUCAGAGUAUAAUAAAUAAAUUCUCAAAAUGUUUUACCACUAUAAAACUAUGUGUCUCAAUGUUGUAUAGAUGACCUACACUGAACUGUCCCACCAAACUCAUUGACAGGGGGCGCCACCAUCGUUCAACUAUAAUGUAUAGUUUCCAAAAUGGCAAAAAUCGGAACCAGCGAUCCGGUAUUGACGGUGGCGCCCCCCUGUCAAUGUCUCGGGUGGGACAGUUCAUUGUAUUGGGUCUUUAAUCUGUGUGAUUUGUUAUUGUCCCUUUGUGUCAAAUUGACAUAAAUUAUUAUGUAAUUUGCGUGUGUGCGCACCCACUUAACAUGAACAACAACAACUGACUGGUAUUACAAAUUCUAACAUUGAUAAAAUGGUAUAAUAUGUAAUCACUAACAAAGUUCGGUUAUUGUAUACAGGGUGUCUCAAAAUUAGCACUUCACACUGACACCAGAGGUAGAGGGCCUGACUGACACUCAUCCAACGAGUCUUGUAUGUCAGUUUUUUAAAUCCCAUCUAACUUUUCUAUGGAAUUAAAAUUUUAUGAAAUGAAAUUUUUCAUGGACAUAUUUGGCUUCUUUGAUGCGUCUUAGGCGCAUCUGCCUUCGGUGUUAGUGUCACGUGCAUAAUAUUUUAAUAUAGUUAGUUGUUGUUGUGCAGAUUAUCCUUAAUUAUGAUAAUACCUCCUUCAUUCUCAUUGCUAAUCAUGUUCAUUGAAUCUUGUGUUGUACGAAUAUCUUAAACUUAGUAUGUACCUAGUUGUGAUAUUUUAUUUUGUUAAUUCAUUCCCUGCUAAAUUGUACAUAAUGUAUUGUAGUGUUAGCUAGUGUU